AUGCCCACACGUAAGCACGCGUGCAUCCCCCCUUCCCACCCGCCCGCCUGCCUACCCGCCUGCCCGCCUGCCCACGUGCCCGCCUGCCUCCUCCCGCCCUACCGCCAUCAUCAACUCGAGAAGAGGGCGGAGCGGGGGAGCGGCGACCUGAAGAGGGCGGAGCGGGGGAGCGGCGACCUGAAGAGGGCGGAGCGGGGGAGCGGCGACCUGAAGAGGGCGGAGCGGGGGAGCGGCGACCUGAAGAGGGCGGAGCGGGGGAGCGGCGACCUGAAGAGGGCGGAGCGGGGGAGCGGCGACCUGAAGAGGGCGGAGCGGGGGAGCGGCGACCUGAAGAGGGCGGAGCGGGGGAGCGGCGACCUGAAGAGGGCGGAGCGGGGGAGCGGCGACCUGAAGAGGGCGGAGCGGGGGAGCGGCGACCUGAAGAGGGCGGAGCGGGGGAGCGGCGACCUGAAGAGGGCGGAGCGGGGGAGCGGCGACCUGAAGAGGGCGGAGCGGGGGAGCGGCGACCUGAAGAGGGCGGAGCGGGGGAGCGGCGACCUGAAGAGGGCGGAGCGGGGGAGCGGCGACCUGAAGAGGGCGGAGCGGGGGAGCGGCGACCUGAAGAGGGCGGAGCGGGGGAGCGGCGACCUGAAGAGGGCGGAGCGGGGGAGCGGCGACCUGAAGAGGGCGGAGCGGGGGAGCGGCGACCUGAAGAGGGCGGAGCGGGGGAGCGGCGACCUGAAGAGGGCGGAGCGGGGGAGCGGCGACCUGAAGAGGGCGGAGCGGGGGAGCGGCGACCUGAAGAGGGCGGAGCGGGGGAGCGGCGACCUGAAGAGGGCGGAGCGGGGGAGCGGCGACCUGAAGAGGGCGGAGCGGGGGAGCGGCGACCUGAAGAGGGCGGAGCGGGGGAGCGGCGACCUGAAGAGGGCGGAGCGGGGGAGCGGCGACCUGAAGAGGGCGGAGCGGGGGAGCGGCGACCUGAAGAGGGCGGAGCGGGGGAGCGGCGACCUGAAGAGGGCGGAGCGGGGGAGCGGCGACCUGAAGAGGGCGGAGCGGGGGAGCGGCGACCUGAAGAGGGCGGAGCGGGGGAGCGGCGACCUGAAGAGGGCGGAGCGGGGGAGCGGCGACCUGAAGAGGGCGGAGCGGGGGAGCGGCGACCUGAAGAGGGCGGAGCGGGGGAGCGGCGACCUGAAGAGGGCGGAGCGGGGGAGCGGCGACCUGAAGAGGGCGGAGCGGGGGAGCGGCGACCUGAAGAGGGCGGAGCGGGGGAGCGGCGACCUGAAGAGGGCGGAGCGGGGGAGCGGCGACCUGAAGAGGGCGGAGCGGGGGAGCGGCGACCUGAAGAGGGCGGAGCGGGGGAGCGGCGACCUGAAGAGGGCGGAGCGGGGGAGCGGCGACCUGAAGAGGGCGAGGGCGGCGGGCAGCGACCCGUAG